AUGAGUACUUCGGUAACAACAGCAUCAAAUAUCAAUAGAAACACAACCCUUCUAAGACCAUCAAUAAUAGCUGCAUGGGUCGAUCAAGGCAUAGGUGAAGUGGGAAUGCACAAAUAUAUAAAAGAACGCUUUGAAACGCUUUCAACUUUUAUCACGCAAUGGCUCUUUUUCGAUUCAUCUGAGAAUUUUACAUUUUAUAUUGAAAAUAAUCCAAAUAUCAAAUUAAUUUGUGUUAUGUCUGGUGGGAUGUCUCGUUUAUUAGUACCAAAACAUUCUAAUCUUGGUGCUUUACAUACAGUUUACGUGUUUUGUGCUGAUAUAGAACGAGCUCGAACAUCAAUGGCAGAUGAAACUAAAGUUAAAGGUAUAUUUAAUAUUGAGGAUGCUUUAUAUGAACAGAUGGCCGAUGAUUUAUCGAAAUUAUUAGUUGAAGAAGGAAUUGCAUUAGCACAAUUAGAUGAGCGUAGUCUUGCAAGAUCGCAUUAUGAAGAAGCAAAACGAUUGUUGAGUACUCAAGCAAAAAAUGUGUGCUCAGAUGAUGAAAAAGCAAGAAUGGAAGAAAUCGAUUUAAGACUCGAUCAAUUACUGGUUUGA